CCACCCCAGCCUCCUCCCUCUCGGCUCUCUGCUGGCCUGUCUCCCUCUCUCCGUCGCCGGGUGCUGAAGUUGGGCGGAUGGCAGCGAGCCGGCUCCUCUAGAGGACGCAGCAGCCCAGCCUCGCGCACCCUCGGACCGACCGCGGUGCGCUCACCUACACCCCAGGCCACCCGCCUGAAAACACGGUGGCAUCCAGCUUGCUGGCACAUGGAGAAGAACUUGCUUCCGUAUUCCCUUGACGAAGCUGACACUUACCGGGAACUUACUCCAGCUGGGUUCUGAAGCAGCUGAAAUGAGAAAACGGCAGCAGUCCCAAAAUGAAGGAACCCAGGCUGUGUCUCCAGCACCCGGAAACCAGAGGCCCAACAACACCUGCUGCUUCUGCUGGUGCUGCUGCUGUAGCUGCUCCUGGGCCUACCUACCUAGCCUGCUUUCUUCAUGCUUGAGCCUCACCGUCAGGAACGAGGAGAGAGGAGACGGUGCGGGGAGAUCCACACACACCACAAAAAUGGAGAGCAUCCAGGUCCUAGAGGAGUGCCAGGACCCCACUGCGGAGGAAGUCUUGUCCUGGUCUCAAAAUUUUGACAAGAUGAUGAAGACUCCUGCGGGACGCAACCUUUUCCGAGAGUUCCUCCGAACAGAAUACAGCGAAGAGAACCUCCUCUUCUGGCUAGCCUGCGAAGACUUGAAGAAAGAACAGAACAAAAAAGUGGUUGAAGAGAAGGCCAGAAUGAUUUACGAGGACUACAUUUCUAUACUGUCGCCGAAAGAGGUCAGCCUGGAUUCUCGAGUUAGGGAGGUGAUCAACAAGAACCUGCUGGACCCGAGCCCUCACAUGUAUGAAGACGCCCAGCUCCAGAUCUAUACCCUGAUGCACAGGGAUUCUUUCCCAAGAUUCUUGAACUCGCAGAUCUACAAAGCCUUUGUGGAAAGUACUGCCAACUCUUCUUCUGAAUCGUAACUUUCAUGGGAAAGGCAAAAAAAAAAAAAAAAAAAAAUCACUUCAGAGGGCUGGGAUGGGAAAUAUAAGUAGUAAAAUGACACCAGAAAUUGAGUUCCUGGAGAACUACAGGUUGGCACCCUCGGGCUGCUGGCAAGAGACAACCAUGAGGGUCUUUGUCUCCAUUUUUAAUCGAGGUUACCCAUGAUUCUGUUUGGAGAAAAUUCUAUACGAGACAGUGAAUUGCCAAAUUAAGUUUGUUUAUUCAACACUUGUUCUCCUUGCAAGCAAACUGUGUUCCUAGUCCUCUGAGCAGUCUCCUAGUGCAUCUCCAGAGGCCGCAUGUGCAAAGUACAACUGCUUUGUCUGCCACUUAGCUGUACUAUUUCCUCAGUAGCAUACCUUAUAUCUGUAUUUAAGGACUUUUGUGCAAUAUGGUCUCUUAGAAACAAUCGCCAACAAAUUGGCUGUGGUUUGCAUUUUUUAAGCAUAAUCUGAUACAAAAAAGGCUAUUUUAAACAUGUAACAGUGAUAUUUAACCAUGCUACAUACUAUGUUUAGUACAGGGACUUUGAAGCCAAUUUUUCUGUACAUGGAAAGAAAAAGUUAGCUGACCAUCUCUGCCUGUGGAUGGGUCUUAGUCUGAGAGCCCUCCGGUUGUUCACUGCCCAAACUCUGGCAUUUUCAUUACAGCAGAGUUUGCUCUGUUUAAAAAAAAAAAAGAAAGAAAGAAAACAACAACAACAAAACCUAACAGUGAUAAGAAAAAUUUAAAAAGCACAAAAUCGUCUGAAGAUUUUGUUGAAAAAUCCAAGAGUGAUACUGUUUUUAGGUAUUUCAUACAAGAAGAAAUGAGUCUAUGUAUAUAUCAAAUGUCCAAUACUAUAAUUAAUUUAUUAAAGAAUGGCUCUCCAGUUCUAAAUUAGUCAUGUAAAGUUAUGUAUGUCAGCAAGAAAAUAAUAAUGUGCUUGCUGAUCCAGUUUGGGACUAUAAAGCAAAAGAUCUAGUGAGGAAUGCCUACGUGUAGCACUGUGAAAACAUCUCGAGGAAUUGCAUCUGGCAUGUGGCAUAUUUGCCUUGAACGUAUAAUCCAGUGAAAAGUUUAAGUUUUUCCUAAGCCAACAUUUUAUAAAGGGUUAUGAAGAAGAAAACCUCCGACGUCAGACCUUAACUGUUUUCAUGUAGUAUCUCAAGAAAGAUUUAUUUUAACAUU